CACAUUUGCAGCAUUCCAACAGUCUCGAGCUUUCACUUCACACUCCGGUUGAGUGCAGCGCAAUGGCGAGCGUGAAGGUGUUCGGGUCGCCGAUGUCGGCGGAGGUGGCGCGCGUGCUCAUGUGCCUGUUCGAGAAGGACGUGGAGUUCCAGCUGAUCCGCGUCGACGCCUACCGCGGCCCCAAGCGCAUGCCCCAGUACCUCAAGCUCCAGCCCCUCGGCGAGGCGCUCACCUUCGAGGACGGCAGCCUCACCCUCUCCGAGUCGCGGGGCAUCCUGCGGCACAUCUCGCACAAGUACGCCAUGCAGGGCAACCCGGACCUGAUCGGCACGGGGGCGCUGGAGCGCGCGUCCAUCGAGCAGUGGCUGCAUACCGAGGCGCAGAGCUUCGACGACCCCAGCGCCCAGAUGGUCUACAGCCUCGCCUUCCUGCCGCCCGCCAUGCCGCAGAAGCCCAACAACGGCGACGGCGACGGCGACGGCAACGGCGUUGGCAGUAAUGGCACCAGGGCCGUGGUGAACGCGUCGGCGAAGCGCGUGACGGCGGCGGGGGCGGCCAAGGAGGAGGAGAUGCGGAAGCUGUUCGAGAAGAGCCAGAGGGAGCUGGAGAAGCUGCUGGACAUCUACGAGCGGCGCCUGGAGGAGGCGGAGUACCUGGCCGGCGACAAGUUCACCAUCGCCGACCUGUCGCACCUGCCCAACGCCGACCGCCUCGCCGCCGACCCGCGCUCCCGCCGCAUGUUCCAGCGCCGCAAGAACGUCAGCCGCUGGUGGGACAAGGUCUCGCAGCGGGAGGCCUGGACCUACGUCAAGAGCCUGCAGCGCCCGCCCACGUCCAACAGCGCCGGCGCCGACGCCGCUGCCGCGAAGAACCAGCAGCAGCCGCGGUCCGGCGAGGCGCGCGACGGCAGCAGCGACAGCCACAACUACCAGCGCGACCAGUACGCCGACGCGAGCGACGGCGGCAGCAACUACCAGCGCAGCCAGUACGGCGAGCACAGCGACUACCAGCAGAGCCGGACGGGCGACGCGCGGUACUGAUCGACGGCGAUCGAGUGCGAGCUUGGACCUGAGAAUGCGCUGAUGCAUGCCUUGUUCCUGUGUUCCUCGCAAUUUGCUUUUUCUGUGGCUGCAGGGGUUUACAAGUGCAAGUCCACUGGCCUGCCUGCACGUAUGUGUGUUUUGUUUGCACUGGUACUGUUUUCCUUUCCUACCAUUGUUGUUAAUCGUCAUGGCGUCUCCUUGCGUAAUAAAAAGUUUGCCACUUUCUUGAUGAAA